CGCCUCAAGCUCGUCGCCGCCUCGAGCUCGCGUCGCCGCUUCAAGGUCAUCGCCGCUCAAGCUCUGUCGCGCUCUAUCAUAGUUCGUAAGCUCGCCUUCCUGCUUCAGCCAUCAACGCUUCCUCGGCCCUGAGUCUGGGUUUAGGGUUUCAGCUUCGGCUCGGGUCUUCCAUCAACGCUUGCUUCGUCUCUCUGCCUAUUUUGUUCUAUGUUAUGGUGGUUGAAUUCGAUGGACUUUUAUUGGAACUCUGUUUCAUUGAUGAUGGAUUAUUCUAAAGAAGUGGCAUUUGGUCAUUACAAGGUGCUGCUCUUGCUAUAUUCUAUUAUUCUAUUACUUCAUCAUCUCUGCGAGCGCAACCUUACUUGCCGCUUUCUGCUCUGGCUCCCUUCGUCUCAGAUUGAAGGGUACUGGGAAUAUAACAAGUUCUAUGAAGAAGGAGUUUACAACUGUGCUGGGUGUGCAACUCCUCUUUACAAGUCUUCCACUAAAUUUGACUCUGGUUAUGGUUGGCCUGCUUUCUUUGAGGGUUUACUUGGUGCCAUCAAUCGCUCACCAGACCCAUAUAGGAGGAGGACUGAGAUAACUUGUGCAGCAUGUGGUGGCCAUUUGGGUCAUGUUUUCAAAGGAGAGGGGUUCAAGACACCCACUGAUGAACGCCAUUGUGUUAAUAGUGUUUCCGUUGAUGCUGAGAGAGCCUAUCAUCGAAAUGCCCUUGUCAUUCUAGAGAAACUGUAUACUGAGAUCCUGGACAGUGGAGAACAUGUUUUGUAG